AUGCUUCUAGGGACCAACGAUUUCUUAGACAACCCUUUCAAGACCCGCGAAGAUGUGGUCAAGGGUUGUAUCGCUCUUCUGGACCCGUUGGCAAGUCACACAUCAAAAGGAGGAGCCUUGCUCGAUAUCGGAAGUACUGCGACUCAUUAUGACAUGAAAGCUGUUGCUUUAGAAGCUUUUGCCCGCCCUCUGUGGGGUCUUGCUUCGUUGCUUGCCGGAGGUGAAAAAUAUGCAGGAGCGGAAAGAUGGGUAAAGGGUUUUGAUUCUGGGACAAAUCCUGAAGGAGAGGAAUAUUGGGGAGGAUCGAUGGAUAAAGAUCAGAGGAUGGUAGAAAUGAGUCCGUUGAGUUAUGCUGUAGCGAUGGCACCUGACGUUUUCUACCAUAGGAUUCUCGCUAAAUGUCAUACAGCCAACUGGUUAUGGUUCCGGGUCUUUGCCAAUCUCGCCUUACGAACAGUGGAAUCAGAUUUCCACAAUCCUGAACAAAUGGAAAAAGAUUUGCAACGCCUCGAAGAGUUCCAACUGCCCUCGCAUGAGAAAGAGGGUCACGACUCGGCAUCAGCUGGCUGGAGUCGAGAUGGUCCAGAAGAUGUGAAACAGCUGGAUUAUUACAGUUCAAGUUUCGCCAUCCAGCCUGCGCAAAUGAUCUACGCUAAACUCGCAGCGAAAACCGAUCCAGAUCGAGCGGAAAAAUAUAAACAGAGAGCGCGCGAUUUUAUGGCAGAUUUCGUAUAUUACUUUUCAGAUGAAGGCGCUGCUAUUCCCUUUGGCCGAUCCAUGGUUUACCGAUUCGCCGUUAUCGCUACUGCGUCAACAAUGGCACUCGCCGACAUUGAGCCAGCCGCUCCAUUGACGUGGGGACAUGUCAAAGGUCUUGUGCUCCGUCACCUACGAUAUUGGAACGAUGCAAAUGACAUCUUCAGAAGCGACAGUACAUUAAACGUUGGAUACAGAUUCGACUGCAUGAAUAUGACCGAAAACUACAAUGCCCCAGGCUCUCCAUACUGGUGUAUGAAGGCGUUCCUAUGUCUCGCAGCACCAGCUUCUCACCCCUUCUGGAGCUCUGAAGAACUUGCCUGGCCCACGGACUCGUUUCCACUCACUAAAUCGCUUCCCGAUCCUUCUCAUAUCAUGUGCCGUCAAGCAGAUCAUACGUUCCUCUUAUCUUCAGGUCAAGCACCUCAUUAUGCCAUGCGUCAUGGACCAGCUAAAUACUGCAAGUUUUCGUACUCUUCCGCUUUCGGAUUCUGCUGUCCUACUGGUGACAUGGAUUUGGGUCAACUUGCUCCUGACUCCAUGUUAGCUCUUCGAGACGCUUCUGAAGGCGUUGAAUCUUGUGAUGGUGAGACAUGGAGAGUGAGGCGUCAUCCCAUCGAUGCGAAGAUUAUCGGACGUGGGACAGAUCAAGUCCAUCUCCGAUCGAAAUGGCGACCUUGGAAAGAUGUAGAGGUGGAAACUUGGCUUGUCCCACCGCAAGACGCCUCUUCAAGCUGGUAUCUUCGAAUACACAAGGUCACCUCUGGCCGAAAACUCGAAUCAGCAGAAGGAGGAUGGACAAAUUACGGUCAAGGUGAAGACGGACGAGCGUUGGUUCAAUCUUUCUCUGGACUGAUGAGUAAAGGCGGAGAUCAAGAAAUCGGUUGGUCAAGGGCUGUCACAGCAGGUGGAGCAGUGGGCUUGGUGGAUGUUGCGUACAAGGGUUCAGAUGGGAACCGACAAGGUCAACUGGUACAAAUCGAUCCAAACGCAAACGUCAUCUUUUCAAGGGGUAUUUUACCUAGUCUAAUAGGCAACAUAGGAGAAGGAGAAUCGUGGAUGGUCACCGCUAUCUUCGGUAAACCUGCUAAAGGAGGAAAGACAGAAGGCUGGGAGCAAGCUUGGGAAAAAGUGCCUCAAGUUCCUGCUUGGAUCUCAUAA